ACGAGAGGAAUGGCCUCUCUCUCUUUCUCGCUAAUUUGGUCCAAAAGCCCCGCAAAUCUGCACAGAUAACUAUGGAGAAUUACGCGUACCCUUCGUACCCUGACUCAGGCGAGUCGUCUCCUCGCUCCAGAGAGGUUGAAUUCGAGAACCCUCCGCCGUGGGACGAUCAGCAGCCGCCGCCCAAUUACAAAGCUAAAUUUAUGUGCAGCUAUGGCGGGAAGAUCCAGCCUCGUAGCCACGACAAUCAGCUCUCCUACGUCGGCGGCGAGACCAAGAUCCUCGCCGUUGACCUCAACAUCAAGUUCUCCACCAUGAUUUCCAAGCUCUCUGCCCUCUGCGACGGCGUUGAUGUCACCUUUAAGUACCAGCUCCCCGGAGAAGAACUCGACGCCCUGAUUUCCGUCACCAACGACGACGAUCUAGAGCACAUGAUGCACGAGUAUGAUCGGCUGUACCGUGCUUCCGCUAAGCCCGCUCGCAUGAGGCUCUUCCUCUUCCCUGCUAAUACUAGCCAGACAUCGAGUUUUGCCUCCGAUCAGGACCGCUUCGUCGAGGCUCUCAACACGGCUCCGGGUCCGACUCCACCCGAUACGGUUAAGCCGGCUCCUGUUCCUGGCAGCAACGUCGAUUUCCUCUUCGGUCUGGAGAAAGGAGUACCGCCGGCGCAGCCACCGCCUGUGGCUGUUAAGUUUCAUGACCCUGUUCCUGGACCUGUGGUGCCACCUCUGGAGUACCAAACAAGAGGUGGCCCUGAACGGGUCAUGGGUUCGGAUCCUUCUGUGAACCCGAUUGAAGUUCAACGGCAGUUGCAGAGGAUGCAAAUUGGGGAGCAUGAUCAACCUGUGUAUAGGAGAAAAAGCGAGGACAAUUCAGCGGGAGGAUAUGCAGCUGGAGAUUAUUAUGUUCAGAAAUUUGCCGACAAGGCUCCUCCAUCGAAUUUGCCGGCCACAGCACCACCAGCUGGAGGUUAUUGGCAGGAAAAGCAAGUUCAUAGCGAGGGUUUUCAGCCUAUGACGGCGUCAAACGGAUCUGGAGGAGCAGACCAGCCGGUUUAUGUUAUCCCGCAGCCCGGAACUUUCUAUCACGCGCCGCCGGUGGUACGUCCUCAGGCGGCACCAGCCACUCAAGGUUACUACGCAGUGCAGCGAAUGGUUUCUGAUGCCUACCGUGAGCAGCCAGUUUACAGCGCGUCGGCGGCGCCCCGAGCGCCAUUUUCAUCAGCGGCUCCGGCAACCUUGGCACCGGCUCAGCCUGUUAAACCUGCCGCUUAUACAGAUGGAUUCAACGUGGUUCGCCCGACUGGGAUGCCGGAUAACUCAGCAGCGUAUGCACAGGUGGCGUACGAUAACUCAGCAGGGAGACAGUUUUACUACACUGCGCCGGGAGGAGUGAUGCAUCCGCCACAGUACCAAGGGGUUGUUCCGACGGCGGGCGCUGAUAUAAGACCCUCCGGAGUAUCAAUGGGUCAAGAUCCUAAAGGGGUCAACAAGGUUUCCCAAGGUUAAUUAACUCGGAGUGUUAAAACAGUUUAUGUUUCUUUGGGUUAGUUAUCUAAUACGUACUAUACUACUAGAUUUUACUAUUUCUUGUAUACAACGUUGGACAUGGAAAUAUUAUUAUUGUUAUGUUGUUGAGAUGUGUCUUCCUCUUGUCUUUGGCAUGUAAAAAUUGGCAUAUUUACUCUAAUUCGAAUUUAAAUUCCCAAAA